AUGAGAGUCAAAACAAGCCCCCCCACCGGCAAUGCCAUUACUUCUCCCGGUCUGAACGAGCAGGUUCCUGAGGGCGCUCCUUACCACAUCAAGUGGGAGCCUACCCUCGGCAAGACCGUUUCCCUGGUCCUCCUGCGCGGUCCCAGCAGCAACGUCGUUCCUCUCCAGACUAUUGUUGAGGACAUCCCCAACUCCGGCGAAUACACCUGGACCCCUCCCUCCAACCUCGAGGUCGACACCACCCACUACGGCAUUCUCCUCGUUGUUGAGGGCACUGGUGCCUACCAGUGGUCUACCCAGUUCGGCAUUGCCAAGGGCGCCAGCUCUGGUCCCAGCACCGUUGUCACCCGUGACCCCCCUCCCGUCUCUGCUGCUCCCUCUCCUUCCUCUGCCGUCUCUUACUCUACUGUCUGGGGCUCAUCUCUGAUCACCACCACCUGGUGCCCGGAGGAGACCAGCUCUGGCGUCGCUCCCGUGACCACUGCCCCCGUCACCACCCCCGCUCCUUGGGUUCCCUCCAGCUCGCUCACUCGCCGCCCUCUGAAGCCCUCCAGCUCUGUUCCUGUGGUUCCUGUGGUCCCCAGCGGCACUGCCACCGCUACCCCUAGCGCUCCUCCAGCCUUCAACGCCGCUGGCCGCACCACCAUGAGCUUCGGCGUUGUCGCUGCUGCUUUCGUUGCGCUGAUGGCUUUCUAA